AUGGUCGUCGUGUCCGUCAAGGUGCCUGAGCACGGCGCCAACUUGAUCACCAUACCGGCCGGACAUGCCAUGGAUGCCCUCUGCUACGUCUUUGGGGAGAUGACGGAUUUGCAGGCCAAGUUGGCAACACGACGACCGACAAUGACCAUUGUUGAUCCCUCGGGAAAGGUGCUCAGGACUGUUAACAAGACUUCGCAUGACUGGAUGUCGGUGACAGGCACGCUCGAGCGGGGAGGAGGCGUCGCCACGGUCGUGUAUCAAGGUGGCAUCUCAGACACGGGCAAGGACUUUUACUGGGAAAUAAAUGGCACCAAAGGAAAUCUUGUGCUCGAGAGCCCCAACGGCCAUAUUCAGAUGUUCCACCCGACAAUCAAGUUUGCGAAAGCAGGCGCAGGGGCUGCACAGCUGAAGGAGAUCGACGGAGAACCGGCCACGGACUUUGCGUACAAUGUGGGAAAGGCUUGGGAUGCGCUCAUGGGUGAAGGAGAUGGCAGUGUAGUGACUUUCGAAGAUGCAUUGCUUAGACACCGCAUGAUUGACGCGAUGUACCGUAGUAACGAAAAGGGGACACGCGAGUCGUUACUAUGA